AUGUCAAGCAAGGCCCAGGAAGUUCUUGGUCGCCUCGGCAUGCUUCUCCUCGAGUUUGGCGUGGCAGCUUCGAGUUUGCGCUUGCUGUGUCCCGAUCAUGAGAUCGCAUGUCAAGUCCUUCACAGUGGCCGGCAGGCUGUGAGGGUCUUCAAGAAAUUGAGGAUCCCCGUGCCGAUCCUCUUGAUGUUCCCUGUCAGAAGAGAGGAGGUUUGUGCACACUACGAUGUGUGCGAGCUGUUGGAAAGCAUGAGGCCACGGCAGAUCCGGCAGCUUGUCCCGGCGAAAGGCAGGCAACUGGAGGCGUACUUUCGCAGACAGAAUGGCUCUACGGCACAGCAGCUCCUUGCUCUUGAGUUCGAGCUUCCGGACCUGAAAGGUGCAGGAUGUGGUCCGGAAGAACUGAAGGGUGCUGGCUGCACAGCCGCAGACCUCAGAGCCGUGGGCUUCUAUCUCUUCCAGCUGCUGCCGAGCUUCAGCUUAGAGGAACUCUGUGAAGUCGGCUAUGGUGCUGAUGACUUGGCAUCUGUUGGCUGCGCCUUGGACGCGUUGCAGAAGGCUGGCUUCGAAGCAGAGGGGCUUGUGGCAGGCGGCUACUGCUUAGACAAGCUGAAGGCUGCUGGCUUCACUGCCAAGCAGCUCUCCAAGGCCGGCGUCCCCUUGCCGAGGCUUAUAGCUCUCGGCUUCCCUUGCGGGGCCUUGCAGAAAGCCGGCUUUCCAAACAUGGAACUCCACAAGGCCGGCUUUACGAUCCAGGAGCUCGCCCGUGGCGGAAUCUACCUUCGCAAAGACGGCUUCACCUUGGAGCAGCUCACCCGUGAAGCCGGCUACGACUGCAAGGUGCUACAGCGCAACGGGUACGACGUGUGGGAACUCCGGCCAUACUUCCCACCGGAGGAGCUGCUGCAGGCCUUCAGCAGGGAGGAAGUCCUCCACGUGGGGUACAGCCUGCGGGAGUUGCGCCUCGCGCGCUUCAGUGCCGUGGAGCUGAGGAGGUUCUUGGGACAGCACGCCGCUGCGGUCACCUUCAAAGAGGCAGGCUUUGCGCCUGAGGAGCUCAAGAAGGCGCAGUUCACGGCAUCCCAGCUCAGGGAAGCCCGGUUUGACAUCGUGGCCUUAGUCAACGCGUUCACGAAGGAUGAGCUCAAGCAGGCGAAGUACACCGACAAGCAGGUUCAUGAGGCAUCGAAAGCUGCCCGGAAGCAGCGCAAGACCAAGUGA